AUGGCUGUUGUUGUGGUUGUUGUUGUUGAGCAGAUGAACCUUCGGCGCCGGCUGUGGCUACGACCUCGUCUACCCACGCGCGUAUACGUUGUUCACUUAGUCGACUGCUCACUCUACUUCGUCUACUUUCACGGCAGCCAGGCCUCGCUCCUGUCGGGGGGAUCAUCCCUGUACGGUUCCACCGAAGAGCGCCAGGCCACGGAGGUGCGGCGACUUAAGCGGGAGCUGACCGAUGCCCGGGAUCAAGUGAUGAGCCUAUCCAGCCAGCUUUCUACAAAUGCACACGUGGUAGCCGCCUUCGAACAAAGCCUCUCGAAUAUGACCCAUCGUUUGCAGGCACUGACGGCAACAACGGAAAAGAAGGACAGCGAAAUACUCGAAAUGCGGCAGACGAUCGAACUGCUGCGGAAACAGUCCAUUCAAGCCGGUCUAACCACAGCCCACAUGCAGAGCAUGGGCGUCCAGGUUAACGGGCAGGUCAAUGGGAAUGGGAAUGCUGAACCAGCUGCAGCUCAGACGAUGCCAGCGGGAGCAGAAAUACAGCGUCAUCACAGUUCAGAUUCGAUGUGCUCGCUGAAUUCCAUCAGUUCCGGUUGUUCUGCUCAAGACAAGAAGAAAAAGAAAGGAUGGCUCCGAAGUUCAUUCACCAAAGCGUUCUCACGCAAUGCCAAAAUCUCCAAAACAAACCGACACGUCAGCAGCCAAUCGUCGAAUUUGGACCAAAAUCAUCACAGCAGCAACCAUCACCACCAUCAUCACCAUCAUCAUCACCACAGCAACGGGAACAAUAAUACCGGAAACGGCACAAACGGGAACAAUAAUGCGCUGCCUUCUUCGAAUGGUAGCGGCGGUAAAAUUGUCGAGCAAACGCAAUCGACGCACAACGCACAACAAAUGCCACAAUCGGUGUCAUCGCCUACUAAGAGCGGAAGCCCGCUCAAAUCGGUCACGCUGGUCGAAAAUGCCAAACCAAUAGACGCCAUAGAAGUGAACGGCAAUCCCAUGGUGGAGGACCUCAAGAAGCAGCUUCGUGAAAAGGACCUCGUUCUGACGGAUAUCAGAUUGGAAGCACUAAAUUCCGCAUCCCAACUGGAAUGUCUCAAAGAUACGGUGAUGAAAAUGCGCCAAGAAAUGAUGAAUCUAAAGCAGAACAAUGAACGCCUCCAAAGGCUAGUAACUACGAGGUCUCUAGCUGGAAGCGAGGUAUCCCUGGGCCCAGUCAGUCCUAGCGGAUCAAUGGGAGAACCUCGAAGGUACAGCUUGGCCGCAGAUAAUGGCAUGUCUCGACCGCCUCUGGAUCUCCCACAAAAUCUAGACGAAACCGAGGAAGACAAUAUUCCACCGGCUCCUGCCCCUGAGCCCCCACCAGCACCCCUAAGUCCCGCCAUCAUAGCCGAGCUGUCCCCGACAAUCGAACGGGUAGCUAUGGUUGAUGAAAUCCUCACAACUCCCGCAGAAGAUGUGGCCGAUCCGGUCGACGGCAAAAAGAUUGCUAUCGCCGUCUAUCUCGGCCAGCCAGAAUCCUUCGGAAAAUACGCCGAAGAUAUGAACGAAUGUGAUAACUACCAAACUGCCAACGGAGAAAAGUCAGAGACCGAGAACGGUAUCGACCGAAACGGGCGUAAAUCCAUCUCCGACCCACAGGAAGUCGGUCCAACCGGCCCCAAUGAAUCCAUCAUCGCCUACACGUACAUCUCCGGGAAAACCACCUGGCAAAACCUGGACUACAUCGUGCGCAAAACAUUCAAAGACUACCUGGGCAAAAUAGACCCUGGAACGAAUCUUGGACUGAACACCGAUUCCAUAACCUCGUACCACCUGGGCGAAGCCAAACGUGGUCCGGAAAUGGGUUUCCCAGAGCUUCUACCCUGUGGUUACAUCAUCGGUCACGUGCGGACGCUCUAUAUCUGCCUUCAAGGUGUCGGAAGUCUAGCCUUCGAAAGUCUAAUUCUGCGAAACAUUGUCCAUCGAUACAUCUCCCUGCUAACCGAGCAUCGAAGGCUAAUCCUCUGUGGACCCAGCGGAACCGGUAAAUCUUAUCUAGCGAGAAAGCUAGCCGAAUUCCUGGUCGCCCGAUCCGGUAGGGACAACCCAGCGGAAGCGAUUGCCACCUUCAAUGUGGAUCACAAGUCCUCUAAGGAGCUGCAGCAGUACCUGGGGCACAUUGCCGAGCAGGCGUCGAUGGCCAGUGGUGUUGAGGGCCCAGCUGAAGAGCUGCCGGCGGUCAUCAUUUUGGACAAUCUGCACCACGCCUCUGCCCUCGGGGAUGUGUUUUCCUGUCUGUUGAGUGCGACGGCCGCAAAACUGCCCUGCAUCAUUGGGACGAUGUCGCAGGCUACGUGUAAUACUACCAACCUGCAGCUGCACCACAACUUCCGAUGGGUCCUAACGGCCAACCACAUGGAACCGGUCAAGGGCUUCCUCGGGCGAUACCUGCGGCGAAAACUGUUCACCAUGGAGCUUCAAUUCCAGCAGGCGCAACCCCAACUAGAGAAGGUCCUCCGAUGGCUCCCCACAGUUUGGCAACACAUCAACAGUUUCCUAGAGACGCACAACUCGAGCGAUGUCACAAUUGGACCUCGGUUAUUCCUCUCCUGCCCUAUGAACCUGCAGGACUCGCAAGUGUGGUUCACCGACGUUUGGAACUACCACCUGGCUCCGUAUCUGAUGGAAGCGGUUCGGGAAGGAGUCCAGCUUUAUGGUCGCCGAGGUGGCAGCUGGGUCGAUCCUUGUACGUUUGUGCGGGAAACCUACCCGUGGCCAGUGAGCCCCACGACGGUUCCCCAGCUGCGGCAAAUCACGGCCGAUGACGUCGGGCUGGAAGCGAGUGCCCCGGCCAAUUCUGAGAACCAGGAUCCACUGCUGAAUAUGCUGAUGCGCCUACAGGAGGCUGCAAAUUACAACGGAAAUCAGGAACCGGACUCCGAUUGUGCCAGUCUGGACUCGAACAUGACCCACGACAGCUCGGCGGGUGCUGAGUAAGGACUAGAAAAGUUAACAGCCUAAAAAAAAGCGGCAGGAGGCAGGAGUGCGAUCAAAAAAGUAUUAAAUCAUUGAUAAAAUCAACAUUAAAAUAUUCACACACAUUUUCCGAGUGAAUGACUCGAGACGGGGAAAACGAGCGAAUGUGAGUGGUUUUUUUUAAUUUAUCAAUUUCAAAUUUUCUCGGCGCUUAAAUCGUUUUGAUAGUUGGUACACCAGCUCGCGUGGCCGAGUUGAGGGCAAUGAUUCGUGUUAAUCAACGAGCGAUUAAUUGAUGCCGAUGAAAUGGAACAAACAAUAUUGCUCCGUUCGGUCUUUUUUUUGUUGCUGUCCAUAAUUUUGCAAAAUGGGGCGGCUGCUUGUUGCACACAAUGAAAAUCAAUUUAAUUAAUUGUUUUGUUACGCAGUCGUAAAUUUGACCAAUCCCCAAUCCUUUCCUAUUUUCUUUUUUUUUUUGGAAUAUGGAAGGAAAAUUAUGACGAUUGUGAGGAGGCCUCCCUCCCCCCAUUUGAAUGCGUUCUGUUGCGAAAUUAAUUGGACUUAAUGAAAAUAUUGUUUUCGAUCUAUUGAUGUAGUGCAUAUAAUUUUUCAUCUUGAGCUCAAUGAACCGUGAUGGAUUUAUUGAUUCGUUUGAUUGGAAUUCGGGCAAUAAAAAUGGUGCAACACGAAUUGAAGAGUUGUAAAGUUCGGAGUGUUUUUUUUCAAAUCAUUUUUUUUUUCACGAACCAUCAUUUUGCCCGACUUUUUGAAUUUAUAAAAAAGAGAGGAUCACUUUGUGUACAUGGAUGUACCGUCUACCUAUUUACUAAUACCUCGAAAGGUCUUGACGAGAAAAUUAAAAUUAUCAAUCUCUAGAAUCGAAUGAUUUUCUCUACAAAAUCAGUGAAAUCGAAAAAAUUAAUAUAUUAGAAAAACAAGAGCAGUUCAAAGACAUAUAAAAUAAGAAUGACAAGAUAAUCAAGAAAGAAGAAAAUUUCAGGAAAAUACAGACUAUGAAAAAAAUCAAGAAAAUCAAAACUUCACGAAAUAAAUUAAAAGAUCAAGAUAAUAAAGUCACUUAACAAAAAAUAAAUCAAUGAAAUCCGGAAAUUCAAGUAGAUCAAGAAAUUUAUAAAAUCCAGAAUAUCAUGAAAAUCAAGAAAUUCAAAUAAUAAAGAAAAAAAAUAGCUUAAAAUCAAAAAUAUCAAAAAGAUCAAUAAAAUAAGCACGAUCAAAAUUCAAGCAAUUAUGAAUUCAAGGAAGAUCAAAAAAAAAUCAAGAACAUUAAAAAAAACAAUACUAAGAAAAUCAAACUAAUGGAAAAAAAAACUGAAGAAAAUCGAGAAGUUCAAGAAAAUUUAGACACAAAUAGACAAAAACUCAAAAAAAUAAAGAAAACAAAUAAAAUCAACAAAAUCAAGUAAAUCAAGAAAACAAAAAAUAAAGAAUAUUACCAAAAAAAAAAAAAAAAAACAAAAACACGAGGCAAAUCAAGAAAAUCGAAAGAAUGAAGAGCAUCAAGAAAAUUAAGAAAAUAAAAAAUUGCUAAAAACAUGAAGAUCAGGAAAACCAUGAACGUAAAGAAAAUAAAGAAAAACAAUAAUAUCAAGAAAAUAAGAAAGAUCGAAAAUUUUUAGAAAAUUGAAAUAAUAGGAUAUUAAAAAUCAAGAAAUCAGAAAAUUAAAAAUAUCAAUAAAAUCAAGAAGAUCAGAAAAUCAACAAAUUCAAAAAAAAAAAUAUAGAAAACCAAAAAAAUUAAAAAUUCAAAAAUAUCCGAAAAAUCGAGAAAAUUAAAAAAAUACGAAAAUCCACAAAAUCAAGUUUAUCAACAAAAUAAAGAAAAUCAAGAAUAUCAUGAAAAUGAAGAAAAUCAAGAAUACAAAAAAAAUCAAGAAAAUUGGAAAAAUCAAGAGAAUCAAGAAAAAAAAUUCAAUAAAUAAGAAAAAAAAAAGAAAAACUUAAGGAAAUCAAGAAAUUUGGAAAAAUCAUGAAAUUCAAAGAAGCCAAGAAUAUUAAAAAAAUCUAAAUCUGGAAAAUCAAGAAUAUUAAGGAAAUCAAGAAAACAUAAACAUUCAAAACUAUCCAAAAAAUCAGGAAAAUCGAGAUAAACAAUCAAGAAAAUUUUGGAAUCAAGAAAUUCAAAAAAAUUAGGAAAAACGAAGAAAAAAGGUUACUAAGAAAAACAUGAAAAUAAAGAAACUUAAAACAGGAAGAAAUGAAAAUAAAGGAAAUCAAGAAAAGUAAAGAUUAAAGUGUCCGAGUAAUAAGAAAAAAAGUCAAUCUAGAAAAUCAAGAACACGAAGAAAAUAAGAAAAUCAAGAACAGCAAGAGAAUAUAAAAAAAUUGAAAAUAGGAAUGAGAUAAAUAAAAAAAAAAUAGAGAAAUAAGGAAAUCAAAAAGUUGAAAAAUCAAAAUAUCAACAACAUGAGAAAAAAAAGAAAAUAAUGGAAAUCAAGAAAACUUAUACAUUCAAAAAUAUCAGAAAAAUUAAAAAAAAAAAUCUAGAAAAUCUACAAAAUCAAGAAAAUAAUUGAAGUCAUGAAAAUGACAAAAAAAAUUACGAUAAUCGAGCAAGUUAAGAAAUUCAAGGAAAUAAAGAAAAUAAAAAAAAAAAUCAAGAAAAUCAAACAUAAAAAAUAAACAAAACCAAAAAUACAGGAAAUAAAUAAUUUCAAGAAAAUUUAAAAAGCACGAAAAUCAAUAAAAACAUGAAAAUCAAUAAAAUCAAGAGAGUCGAAAAAACAAGAAAAAAAAUUUAAAAUAUGAAUAAAAUAUAGAAAAAAUGGGGAAAAUUGAAAAAAAAACAGGAAUGUCAAGAAAAUUAAAAACAAACAUCAAGAAAAUCAAAAAGAUCAGAAAAAUCAAGUUAAUCAAAAAAUUCAAGAAAAUUAAGAAAUACAUAGAAAAUAUGAAAAUUAAAGAUUAAAAAAUAUCCAAAAAUUUGAGAAAAUUUAGAAACCAAGACAAUCAACCAAAUCAAUAAAUCAAGAAAACAAAGAAAGAAUCAAGAAUAUCACAAAAAUCAAGAAAAUCGAAAAAUUUAAGAAAAUCGAGAAAAUAAAAACUAUGAAAAAUCAAGAUAAAAAAAAAUCAAGAAAUUCCAGGGGAUCAAGAAAAUUCAAUAAUCAAAAUAUUAAAAAAAAAUCAGGAUAAUAAAAAUAAUAUAGAAAAUCAUAUAGAUCAAGAAAAUUUAUGCAUUAAAAAAUAUCCGCAAAAUUGAAAAAUCAUGAAAAUCAAGAAAAUAAAAAACCAUGACAAUUAACAAAAUUGAGGAAGUAAAAAAAAAACUUAAUCAAUCAGAAAAAAUAAAAAAAAAAUGAAGAAGAUCAGCAGAAUCCAGAAAAUCAAGUAAA